CGGAAGGAAGGAAAGAGAAAACCCAGGAGGAAACUUGGAGCUCCACUCCUUGAUCUUUGACCGAAGGAUUUCRCCCCAAAUCAGCGGUGUGGCAGAAGCCCCUUCCUCGGCAGAGCCUCCAGGAAGGCAGCCUCGCACCACAACAAAUCCAAGAUUUCAGCCCUCCUGACUCUGAAUCAUGCUGGGCAAGAAGCUGGUGACGGCGCAGAAGCGAGGGGAGACGCGGGCCCUGUGCCUGGGCCUGGCCAUGGUCGCGUGCUCCAUGAUGAUGUACUUCUUCAUCGGCAUCACCAUCGUGCCCUCCUACACCAAGAGCGUUUGGACAACAGAAACUGUGUGCAAGGUGCUCAAAGCCACCAUCAAGGACAGAAACCACUGCUCGCCCAGCGAAGACUCGGAGGACGAGGACGUCUUUCAGUACCCUUGUCUAGAGGUGUGGGUUAACCUGACAGCCUCGGGCCAGGAGGUUUUGCUGUAUAGCACUGAAGACACACUGGACAGAAACUCUAAGUGUUUCUAUGUCCCAGGCAACUCCGAGAAGCCCAAAGAGGUGAAAACGCGAAUAGAAACCAUCGCCAGCAACCUGAAAAAGUACCAGAGCUUCCCGUGCUACUACGACCCGGGAGGAACGCAGACCAACGCCAUUCUGAGCAGACUGUAUCCCCUCCAAGGCCUCCUCUUCGCCUUCCUCUGGCCCACGCUCUUGUUUACAGGCGGGUGCCUCAUUAUUGUCCUGGUCAAAAUCAGCCAGUACGUUUCUGUGCUGUCUGCUUGGCAAUACAAAAUAAAUAUCUAGUGUAGAUGCUCACGGGAUAUGAAAUGCCUCUGGUGCAUAUUGCCAUUUGUAUUUUUGACCUCGAACUAUACCAGACAGCAAUCCACCAACUAACAAUCCACAUUCUAGAAAAACAAAAUGACACCUCCCAUAGUUUAUCUGCUACAGCUGCCAAUGCAUUAAACGAGGGCAAAACGCAAAGCUGAAGUGCUGGGCAUUGCAUGAAAAUACCUCUGAAGA